CGAAAACCAGAAAGAAAGAGAGAAGGAGAAAUGGCAUCCAGCACCACAGUCGCCGGAGUGAGCCUCUCCACCCCAAGGUCAGUGUUGUCGAAAGCAACAGAGGUACCGAGGGCAUUUCACUCACUCAACGUUCCCACCUGGAGAAGCUACUCUUCCGUUGGCCGCCGCAUGACCAUUGUAAGGCCAGUGAGCGCAGCACCAGAUAAACUGUCCGAAAAAGUGGCGGAAAGCAUCAAGAGCGCCGAGGAGACCUGCUCGGACGACCCGGCAAGCGGGGAGUGCGUAGCGGCAUGGGACGAGGUGGAGGAGCUGAGCGCUGCCGUCAGCCACAAACGCGACAACGAGAAAAGUUCCGACCCCUUGGAGACUUUCUGUAAGGACAACCCCGAAACCGACGAGUGCCGUACUUACGACAACUGAUCGGUGGAUCUCAAUCAGCCUACCUUUGAAGUUGUCGUGUUUUAGAUUUCAUAGUACUGUCUCUGUUUAUGUUAAUUAAGAUCGACUAAACUUAAUUUGGGUCGUUUUUAUAUUUAUUUUGCAUGAUGAUAUGAUACCGCAGCAUGUUAUCGUAUACCUUUGAAACAUAAAUUGGUGACUGUUUAUUGGCUUCCAAAUAUUAUAAAGAAAGCUUGCGUUUCUUUUUUA